AUGUCGUUUUUCGGGUUCGAUACAACCCUUCCAAAGGAGCAGAUGGCUCCUAAAAAUGGAGCAUACGAUGAAGAUGGAAUUGAUUUUGAAGAAACGUACGACGAUUUAGCAGAUCGACUUGAAGAGGAGGGAGAUGAUAUGAACGACGAAACCUUUGGGGUUAGCGCCGGAAAUGUUGGUCGUGACUUUGAUUUUUUCAAUCAAACUGCACAUGUUUCUACCAAAUUAGAAAAUGAACAGGACGAUACCAAAAGUCCCAAGGACAAGGUUUUUGAUGAAGCCGCGCAAGCUUCAUUACUUCCUCAGGUAAAUCCAAUGGUUGCGUCUGCAGCAAGUAAGGUUGAAGAAAAUGUCGAUAUUUCAGCCAAUACUAAUAUGCUUUCGGAUUUGAGACCCAUGGCCUCUAUCUGGGAAACCAUUGUACCUGAGAAACCUACUGUUCAAGCGGCCCCUCCUGAAGUAUCAAGCUUUCAAAAUCGUUUGGGUGCGCAAAACAGUGAAAAGGUAAUUAGCCUGCAAGAACUUGAGGAACAACUUUUCAAUUCCCUUAAUGUACCUAGUGCUGGCCCUAAAGCUGAAGAAUCUGUUGCUUCGACAAUGCCCGCCGUUAAUUCUGUGGCUUCACCAGCAGUCCAAGCUCCUCCUCCUUCAACUUUGACCCAUGAUACUUUUGCAGCUUUGGAUCCUGCUGUCGCCAGUAUUGGAAAUGUCUCUUUCCCUACUCAACAAUCGAAUGUUCCCAACCCUGGCUUACCUUUGCCAGCUAUGAUGCAACCUUCGCAGUUGUUUGCAAAUCCCAAUCUUUCUCCCCCUCAAGCACCUCCUGUUGUAUAUCCGACUAAUAUGGUGUACGGUGCCGAACCGGUCCCUCCCGUUCCACUUUUAAACCUUGUUCAGCAAGAAAAUUUUGCCCAAGCUAGAAUUCUUGACGAAAAGCGUCAAAAACUGGAAAGAGACCAUAUACUCAUGGCGCAAUGCGCCGGUUUGAUGACUCGCAGUGAUAAGUCUUUUAUUGCUCGUAUCCAAAUAUCUCAACUCAUGUCUGAAGACCCCGAAUCUGAAGAUUUUUAUUAUCGAGUUUAUUCUAUAAUUCGUGGCCGUAAUCCUUCAGAAGAGGAUUCCAGUCACUUUAUUCAGACCUACUUAGGUCCCAGUAGCAAUCGCCGUCGUGGAAGACGUUCGGAAAACCCAAUGCAAAGAUUGCAACAGCAAUUACAAAAGUUGGUUUCUUCUGCUAAGGAACGUCCAAAAACUACUCAGUUAUCCCUAGAGGGCGCGUUAGGCAAGAUUGCCAUAAACACUGUCCGUACUCCUCGACAACUUCUUAACGUUAAGCGUCCUUCUGAACAUGCAAUUAACGCCAAAGAAACUACCUUUAAAGGUUUCGCUACUAAAAAAGAUGUUCUUCAAGCAAUUGAGAGAAUAUAUGAUUGGUUACUUGAUUUCGAGCAUUCUCUCCGGAAAUUAUCUGUCUCUAAUGUUGAGGAUGAAGAAACUUUUAAUGAAUGGAAAAAUGAUCUUAGCCAUAAAUUAGAAAGCAUUUGGAAUGUCCUUCACAUCAAUGAGUCGUUAGACAGCUCUUCGAAAGCUCGUCCACCAUUUUUAUCAGUUAUUUCUCAUCCUAAAGGAAUGCGUCUUCUCCCGCGAUUGUUACCUCAUCUUUCGAAAGAACAACAAUAUGCUAUUCUCACUGUCAUCGUUGGUAACGUCGAUUCUCUCAAUAUUGUCUUGAAUGGAACUUUUGAUGCGAAUGGCGAGUUGCCUGCUGGCAUUCCAGCAGAGAUGACUUCAUUUACUCAAUUUGUUAUUCCUUCCUUACUUACUAUUGUGAAUGAGCUGGGCAUGUCGAACGUUAAUACCUUAUUUUCUCAACUCCUUGGAAGAUCCAAUCCUUUAUACCUAAUCCAAACUAAAAUUGGACUUUCGUUCUUAACUAUGCUAAUUAGCCGAGCCGAAAUUCUUAAGCAAACUGGGUCGGGUACUGAAGAAGAAAAAGAAAAUUGGGAGAGAAUAUUUAAUGGAUUAUUUGACUGUUUGAAAGACCACUUUGCAACAGUUUUUCCUCCUCCAAAUGCCCGCGCUUACGCUGAUGAAUCAUAUCCCUGGGAGUUUUUGGCGGCUUGUGCUACUGCUGCUUCUUCGGACCAACAUUUCGUUUUGGUGUCUGAGACGAGAGAUAGAGUUCUCGAUAAUAUUAUUACAAGCAAGAGAUCUCCUGAAGAGAUUGCUCUCGUACGUAUUGCGAAUGUUAAUCUAUUCUUGAAUGCUAUGGGUCUUGAUGCUCGUCAGCUGAGUGCCUAA